GUUUGGGUGCCGCAGCUGGAAAAAUGGCAGCUGAUACAGGGAGAUAUAGGAGUGCAGUUAGCAAAAACAAAGACCCUUCUGGUCUCCUUAUCUCUGUCAUAAGGACUCUGUCCAGCAGUGAUGAUGUGCAGGACAGGGAGACAGAGAAGGGUCGUCUGGAGGAGGCCUUUGAGACAUGUGACAGGGAUUUAGAUGAGCUGAUUGUUCAGCAUUAUGCCGAACUAACCACUGCCAUCAGGACCUACCAGAGCAUCACCGAGCGCAUCACCAGCUCCCGCAACAAGAUCAAACAGGUGAAGGAAAACCUCCUGUCUUGUAAGAUGCUGCUGCACUGCAAAAGGGAUGAGCUGCGGAAGCUGUGGAUAGAGGGCAUCGAGCACAAGCACGUCCUCCAGCUGCUGGAUGAAAUCGAAAGCAUUAAGCAGGUGCCUCAGCGGCUGGAGGCCUAUAUGGCGAGCAAGCACUACCUUCAUGCUACAGAUAUGCUGGUAUCAGCCGUCGAGUCCUUGGAAGGCUCCCUGCUGCAGGUGGAGGGCCUUGGAGACCUGCGUCUGGAACUCCACAGCAAGAAGCUCAACAUCCACCUUGUACUCAUUGAUGAGCUGCACCGACACCUCUACAUCAAGUCCACAAGUCGGCUGGGACACAAGAACAAGGACAAAAACACUGCUCGCCUUCCAGGCUCCACGGCCAAAGACACAUCUCCAAUGCCUGCGUUGGAUGUCGGCAGCCUGUCCACACCGCGCAAGCUCUUGGAUUCGUCACAGUUCAGCACACCUGGAUCCAGCAGCGUGCGUGAGCUGCAGCAGGAUGUGCGGGAGUUGAACCAAGCGGACCUCCCUGAGGUGGAUCCAGAGGAGAACAGUGCUGAGUUCAUGGGCAUCCUCAUCAAGGCUCUGGCCAAGUUGAAGAAAAUCCCUGAGACCAUCAAAGCCAUAAUGGAGCGGCUGGAACCUGAGCUGAAACAGAUUGUCAAGCGGUCCACCACUCAGAUAGCAGACCAUGCUUACCAGAGAGGGGAAAACCUGGCCCAGGAGAGCCAGCCAAGGCUGCUGCUGGAACUGCUGGAGCUUUUGUUCGACAAGUUCAAGGCAGUGGCCCAGGCUCACAGCGUGGUGCUGGCCCACCUGCAGAAGAUCGCGGUGCAGUGCCCGGGCGGGGCCCACGAAGAGGGCAUCAAGCUCUACGAGCAGGCCGACGUCUCUGCCAAGAUCCAGACGGUGCUGCAGGUUCUGCUUAUGGAGUACCUGGACGUGAAGAACAGCCGCAGCGCCACGGAGCCGUCAGCUCAGCUCUCCUACGCCAGCACUGGCAGUGAGUUUGCUGCCUUUUUUGCGAAGAAAAAACCGCAACGUGCCAAGCAGUCGCUCUUCAAGUUUGAAUCAUCUUCCCAUGCCAUCAGCAUGAGUGCCUACUUGAGAGAGCAGAGGCGGGAACUCUACAGCAAGAGCGGAGAAUUACAAGGUGGUGCUGAUGACAACCUCAUUGAAGGGGGAGAAAUGAAGUUUGUGUGUAAACCGGGAGCGAGGAACAUCACUGUGAUCUUCCAGCCUCUUCUCAGGUUCAUUCAGGAGAUAGAGAUGAACAUGGGGCCGGGCCAGGCCAAGCAGUGCCAACUCCGAGCCUUCCUCACUUACUACAUCAACGACCUCUUCCUCAACCAGGUGCGAACUGAGAUCAACAAAGAAAUCGAGGCAGUGAGCAAAGCAGCUGACCCCUUGAAGAUCCUUGCCAGCGCUGAUACCAUGAAGGUCCUGGGCGUCCAGAGACCACUGCUGCAGAGCACGGUGGUCGUGGAGAAGUCCAUCCAGGAUCUAAUGAGCCUAAUGCAAGACCUGAGUGCCUAUUCCAACCAGUUCCUUGAGAUGGUCUGCGACAAGCUGCAAGAGUACAAGGAAAUCUGCAACACAGCCUACAGGGGUAUCGUCCAGUGUGAGGAGAAGCUCACCAUCAGUGCCUCCUGGUCGAAAGACGAAGACAUCAGCCGUCUGCUCCAGUCGCUCCCUAACUGGGCAAAUAUGGCUCAACCCAGACAGACCCGACAGAAGAGAGAGGAUGAAGAGGACUUUACUCGGGCGGCUUUUGCUAAGGAGUCGGAGGUGCUGACUGGUAACCUAGGAGACAAGCUGAUCCCCCAGAAUGAGAUCCUGCGUGACGUCAGCGACCUGAAGGCUCUGGCCAACCUCCACGAGAGCAUGGAGUGGCUCGCCGGUCGCCUCAAGACGUUCUUCGCCAGCCUACCGCAUGCCUCCAGCGUGUCUCCAUGCUCGGCAGACAGCCAGGUGGUCGGCGAGAGUGAGCGGAGCAGGGAGCAGAUUCUCCAGACGCUGAGCGACCUGUCCAGGGGCUUCCAGGACAUUGCCGACCGCUGUCUCUUGGCAUUGCACCUGGAGGUCAGGGUGCAUUGUUUCCAUUACCUGAUCCCCCUGACGAAGCAAGGCAAUUACGCCAUCGUGGCUAACGUAGAGAGCAUGGACUACGACCCACUUGUGGUCAAACUGAACAAGGACAUCUCAGCCAUAGAGGAGGCCAUGGGGGCCGCCCUGCAGCAGCACAAGUUCCAGUACAUCUUUGAAGGUCUGGGCCAUCUGAUCUCCUGUAUUCUGAUCAACGGUGCCCAGUACUUCAAGAGGAUCAGCGAGUCUGGUAUCAAGAAGAUGUGCCGGAACAUCUUUGUCCUCCAGCAGAACCUCACCAACAUCACCAUGUCCAGGGAGGCCGACCUCGACUUCGCCAGGCAGUACUACGAGAUGCUGUACAACACUGCAGAUGAGCUACUAAAUCUGGUCGUGGACCAGGGCGUUCGCUACACGGAGCUGGAGUACAUCAAUGCCCUGUCCUUGCUCCAUCGCAGCCAGACGGGUGUAGGGGACCUGGGCACCCAAAACAUCCGGCUGCAGAGGCUGAAGGAGAUCAUCUGUGAGCAGGCUGCCAUCAAACAGGCCACCAAGGACAAGAAGAUCACCACAGUGUAAAGAAGAAGGGUCCAGAGGGGGGUUUGAGUUGCCUGGAAAUCAGAUAAAGUGAACCAGUGAAAGAGAAUAACGGUGUGUUUCCCAAUCACCAAUCUACAGCACCUACACAUUUUAAUUUCAGCUCCCUCAGCUCUGUCUUGCAGGUACACAUGCUGCAGAUAAUUGGGUCAUGUAUGCAAGAGUAAGGACUAAUAGAUCAAAAAAUUUGCAGCACAGGAGAUAUUUAAGAAUUGGGUUAGAAAACACUGAAAUAGAGGCUUGCUCCAGACCUAGAUUAUAAUGUGUGUCAAAUCUGUUGAUGGAGAGUGUGUCUCCUUUUGCCUGAUGUGAUGAAACUCAUUCUAGUCAAGGCUUGACACACAUGUACUUUAUUCUAUUUCUGGGCAUGUAGAUAUAUACCAUAUAUAUAUAUUUAAAUAAAAUACAAGUGAAUGCAGCACUGACUCACUCUAAUUGGGAAUUGAGGUGACAACCAGCACAACUGCACACAUUGCAAGUUUGGCUCCCCAUGUAUCUGUGUCAUAGGAUAACCUAUAUUGUCCAUUUGCACUUUUUAAAAGACACAACAAAUGCAGCCCUCACACUCCAGCAGUCCCCCACUCACCCUGACUCCAGCUCCAGAUAAAAGGCGAUUGUCUCACCCAAACACUCACCCAAACUUAGGCCCCAUCUCAUCUCAUUUUCCUAUUAGAUCUAAACUGCUGCUCUCAAUUACACCUCUAGCUCUUCUCUCCUGGCAGCCCCAUGGGCCCACUGAUUCUGUCUGCAAUAACAGAUGCCAGAUUAGACUGUCUGAAUGAGGCCACAUCUUCCGCCUGCUGCCAAUUUGGGUUGGUCCCCAAAGAUCUCCCUUGCUGAGAAUUGUAUCAUAUCUAUGGCUGUUAAAAAAUCUGUUUAUCUGUUUUCUUAUAGUUUGUGCUGUAAACUUGUGUGGCUGGUGUGGAAAGUUGUGAGUUGAUUCACUUUUUUUUUUUUUUUUUUUACACAUUUGACAAAAGAGUAAUAUUUUUGCUGAUUUCAGUUCCAUCCCUUCACAGUGGAAUGACUUGCAUUUCUUGUGUUAAAGAAUAUGUGUGGGAGUACAUUGGCCAUACUAGCUCUAUAAACGGAAACGAUGCAAUUCUGGCUCUUUAUUUUGUCGUCCCCACUACACGUGCUCAAGUCUUUUAAAGUGAACUUAACAUAUAAACUCAAGAGGAGAUCGCAAAUCAUUCCCCUCCCUGCAACCCUCCGUGAUUUUAGUUCAUUAACUUGGGAGAGAAGUACUUAACGAGAGGAGGAGAGGGGAAUGGGAGCCUUGUCAAUACAGCGGGCCCGGCGCUGGUCUCCCUGAAGCCCACAGAGCAAUCCAUCAUAAUGACACAUAGGCUGGGAUCGAUGGGAAAACAACCGCGGAGCUGCUGAGGGGCUCGCCUACCACUCUGAAACGUACACUUGGUGUAAAAUCUGAAAUCUGCUCAUUCAGCUGUUCACUUCAGAGCCACUUUUGUUAUGUUAUACAUGGGAAGCUUUAAUACAAUGUUAACUGGCUGUUGCACACAUAACCCAUAAAAGUCCAGAAGGCUUAUGUAUUGGGUAUACUCCAUAUCUGUAAGUGCAAACCACUCCUGCUGCCCAUGCUUUUUAUUAAUGAGUGAAUCAUGUAAAAUGUAAUAAAAGUUCUUUUUUUUUUUACUUGGAGGCAAAACUCAGCUCAUCUGCUUUUAUUUCAUGUUUCUUUGCAGUGGACCUUAAUUUUACACAUCUUUUCCAUUAGAGUAAUUUCUGUCUUUCAAGUAAGAAUGUAUUGAAUUGUAGCGUGUGUUAGUCCUGAACACGUUUAAACAUGAUUGUCAUCUCAUAAAUGCUCUGAACCUUCUCUAAAUUAAGCACACAUGAUUUGUCAAUGCAAACACUAACUCACUCAAAAAAAAUAAAUGCUUCA